AAAGGUAGAAGGAAAUAUUUCUUAGGAGAGGAAAAAAAAGAUAAAAAAGUCCUGAGAUGAUGAAAGAUAAGUUCUUAGCCCAGCCCGAGGCUAAUAAAUACCAAAGGACUGUUCCUAUUGGACAGAGAGGACAGUGUUGGGGAUGAUAAAUAAUUAACAUAUGACAUCUGUGGAUAUUAUCAGGCUGGUGUUCUUCCUCUAUAUCCAUAGCACAUGUGGGACAUUUGGCUAUGUUUGAUUGAUUGGGGCAGGUUCAUGUUUGUUUGAUUGACAAACGCGCAAUGUAACUAUUUGUCACAGGAACAGUUCUGGAUUAUUAUUCACCAACUUUAUCAUAAAUUGACUCUUGGCACUAUACUAAAUGUUUUUUUCUCCAAGAAAAUUGUAAACUAGUUAAUUAGCAAUUUUACACAAAUUAAAUGAAGUUAAUAAAGAAAAUAAGGAAGUUUUUGAGCUCCUAAAGACAUUACACUGGAAAGAAAAAAAGAGAAGAGAAUUAAGCAAGGGAGCUUAUCAUAAUUAGGUACAGAUAAUGAUUGAUGUCUUUAAAGAAUAAACAUAACCUGUAGUUUAUCAGGGGAUACCUGGCUUUAGACAAGUUUAUGUGCUUCUGAACUUUUUUCUUCUUUGGAAAAUAUACCUUCACCAAAUGCCUGAGAAAACUGUUUCCAUGGAUGCUAUAUCAUGUAAAAAGGCCAUACGAUGUACAACACCAAGCUGUCUUUGUGAGUGUUUCCUGCCAUCCAAGGGCUGUCUACGUACGUGUGAAUCAUGCAAGCAUGGCUGGGUUGCCCAUGCUAUACAAUCAGAUGCAUAUGCUUUGGACAAACUAGGGUAUCGUCAUGUGUUCAAUGUAGGUCUGCAGGUUGAAAUUGUUCAACCGAAUAUUGUGUUUGACAUUGCCUCACUUAUGCUGUAUGGUGCACAAGCGACACCAAUAAGGUUGAAGAUCUUACUUGACCGGUUGUUCAGUGUUCUCCAGCAUGAGGAAGUUCUACAGGUGCUGCAUGGGUUUGGAUGGUCAUAUGAAGAUUAUGCGCGUGGAUAUAUUCUACAGGAGACAUCAGGUCGUGUCCUAGACAAGUGGAUAUGUGCAACAAGAGAAGAGGAAUUCAUUAUAAUGCAACAAUUUCUACGAUUUGGGGAAACAAAAUCUAUUGCUCAGGAAAUAAUUUUACAAGAUACAAAAGAAAGGCAAGACAACUACAUAAAACAAACUACAAGAAAUGAAUCAGAAAUUAAGAAGUUUAUUGAAAGAAGCAACUUGUCCAUGCAAAAUUUGAUACGUCCUUUUGACGUGAGACACCUGUUUGGUGCAAGGCUUCCUUUUAUAGGACCAGCUGGGAACAGAUUGUUAAGUCCGCCACUUCCUGGGUUUUCAACGCCAUCUUCCAGUCCAAGAGAUCUUCGGCCACCUCUCAUUUCUGUAACAUCAACUAGUCCUAUAGCAACAUCACCACUUGGCCGUCUGCAGACAAUGCAACCAUUUGAUUACCGUAGGGAAUCUGCAAGCCCAGCUUCCAUUAGUCCUAGUGACAAACAACAGUCAAGAUCUCCCAAAAGUGACAGUCCACAGAACUUGAGUGUCACUUCAGCCCAGUCAACACCACCACACACACCAUAUACACCUCAGAAAGUAUCUGACAUAGAGUCUCCACUAUCACAUAUACCUAUCAUGCCACCAUCAGUCAGUAUGGGAGGUCCAUCAAUGGUCCUCCCUACACUUCAGAGACAUCACAACAGUGACGAAGGUGUCAUUAACUUUUCACUCAAAGAGGACCAAGACUCUUUAUACAUUGACAGAAAAAACAAACAUUUACGUAAAUCAUCUAAUCCAAUCAAAAGAAACUGGAUUCCUGAUCCAAGCUUUGGAACAUCAAUGAUAGGACCAAAUGGGAAAAAGCGUGUUCUCUGCUCAGCUUGUAAUAAAACAUUUUGUGAUAAAGGGGCAUUGAAGAUACACUACAGUGCUGUUCAUCUUAAAGAAAUGCACAAAUGUUCAGUUGAAGGCUGUACAAUGAUGUUUAGCUCUAGACGUAGCCGUAACCGUCACAGUGCAAAUCCCAACCCAAAGCUUCACAUGCCACAAAAAAGACCAAAAAUCCCAGAUGGUGCUAGGCUUGUUGAUGAUGGAUCAAGUCCUUCACAGAAGCGGCAACUCUCCACACCUCCAUCUAUGGUUAUAUCUCCAUCUAUGGUUUCUGGAAGUCCAGUCAAUCUAGCAGAGAGUCCAAAUCAGCGACCAUUCUAUGCUGAUCCCAACAUACAGAUGCCAGUGUUCCCAACUGCAGCCAAAAGACUCAAGCUUGACAGUGAUGACGAAGGGCCUAAAGAUUUAAGUCUACCAUUACUUAAGAGUGGACAAAAUUCCCGUGAAACCAGUCCUGGAAAUGUGAGUUUAUCCCUUGUCCCUGAACAUAUGUUAGAAGAAUACCAGCAUGCAAUGAAGGAGAGUUUAGAUGACAUAAAGGAAAUGGAACCAAGUGAUGCUUUAUCUAGCAAUUCAUUGGGACCUGCACGCUCACAAAGCAGACGUAAAAAUAUCCCAAUAAGAUGUGCACAACCAACAGACUCUUAUGGGGAAGCAGGGGACCAGAAUGAAAAAUCGGGUAUACUUGAUAAAAAUGAAUGUGAUGAAAGUAAUGAUGAUUCCAAAGAAAUUGACCACAAUGAAGAUAGAAGGGUACCAAAUGAUCAGGAGGUAGAGCAAGGGGAUGUUGAUAUUGAUUGUAGUAAUUCUGAUGUUGAAGAGACAUCAAUAGACAAGAGUGACAAUAAACUUAUUAUUGAUGAUAAUUCAGAUGAAGACGAUGAUGAUGAGGAUGAUGAUGAAGAUAUUAAUGGUAAAGAUACUGGUGAAGUUUUAGAUUUUGCCAUGCACAUGCCAGAAGGAAUGGACUCAGAACAGUUCAUGAAUGCAUCUGGACAAGAUUCAAACACAUCUAUGGGAUCAAAUGAUUCAGUAGACAUGACAAAAAGUAAUGGUGAGGUGAUGAGUGAAGGAGAGAUCCCUAUUGACAAAGACAAUCCAAAACAAUGUGUAGCUUGUGGUAAAACCUUUUUGAAUAUAUUUGGUUUAAAGAUUCACUACAAAAAUGUACAUCUGAAGUUAAUGCAUACAUGUACAGUGGAUGGAUGCAGUGCAUCCUUCCCUUCAAAGCGCAGUAGGGAUCGUCACAGCUCGAAUCUGAACCUGCAUCGUAAAUUAUUGUCAACAACUGAGGAACAAAUAUCAGCCGAAGAUGCGGAUGACAAUCAAAAUUUUAGAGCAGACAUUAUUCAAAAACUUUAUGAAAAUCAAAACUGUAAUCAGAGUGAAUCAAAAAAAAAUAGUAUAAUAAAUGGGGAAAAUAAUCAUAAUAACUCUAUUGAAAAGAAAGAAUAUGUUGAAGACGUAUGUGAAGAAGGGGAAAAUGGUAUGGAUGUUGAAAAUGAAAGAACUAAUAAUGACUCAUGUGAUGAUAGUCAAAAAGGUAUAUGCAACACAUGUGAUGCUGAUUUUGCUGAUGAAGAAUCACUUCAGAAACACAUUGACUCAAAGCAUGCAAGUGAAAACAUACCUUCUGGAGCAAAAAGUUUAGAAAAAGUAUCACCAACUAGAAAGAGCAGGCGACAGAUGGGUCAUGAUGGCUUUCACAAAACUCUUAGCUCAAACGAAAAGGCUCUGGCAGUUUAAAGUAGAAAUUUUAUAAUGCUGACUGUUUUUAUUAAAUAACUUUUUUGUUAUUCAGCCAUGACAUUUAUUUUCAUUUUUUAUGCAUUAAAGUCAGUAUGUACAAUUUUGUCAUAAAUACUCAUAUCUUUGAACUAUUAUUUAUAUUCUGUGAUGAAAAAAGGCAUAAUCUUGGUAUUAAAAUUUUGAUUAAAUUUUUUUUAAUGUAUUGUUUAUAGGGUUUGGUUAUUAUAAUGGGCCAUUUUGUGCAAUGAAGUCAUGGUCUGAUUUUGUAAAACUUAGAUUAUAAACCAGUCUCACAUUCUUGCAAUGUAAUACUGACCAAUGACAAAGUUACUUAUUUACAUUUGAUUUAAGAUUAGUUACUUAAGAUUCUUGUCAAAGGUUUUAUUUAUAACUGAAAAUGACACCAGAAAUUUGUUGUUCUGUUUUUAGCUUGUUGUUCAUAAAUACCAUUUAGGAAGCUGAAUUUUGUAGCUUUCUUUUAUAGCAUUGGGCUCUAAAUGGAUAAAUAUAGUAAAUGUUGUAGCAGUAUUUUAUGAAAAAAAUAUAGGAUUUUCAUGUUUGUUAAUAGAAGCCUCUUAAAUAUUGUGAAAUUGUAUUUAUAACUUUGUUUUCAUUACAAAACAGAAUCAGAUAUAUAAAUGACAUGUAUAUAGUAUUCUAAUAUUGUAUCUGUUAACUUUCAUGUCAAUUCUUUAAAUGUAAUUUCAUUCUUCUAUUGCAUGUGUUAUUUUAAAACAGUUGUUACAAUAUUGUGCUGUUAUAAAUGGAAAAGAAUUAUGCAUUUGUUUAAGGUAGGAUUCUAUGCAAUGCAUUAUGUAAGAUAUUAUAUGUUGUACAAAAUACCAUAGUUAUUUCACAGAACAUGUGCUUUUUUAUAGAACUUUAUUCUUAUAUGCAAUCUCAAACACUUUUGCAACAGUAUUUGUCUCAGUUUUUCAUUAAUGAAUUUUGCACAAAUUUCAAUAUGCAAGGGUCAAUAUUUUUGUUCUUUUUGCUUAUUUUAUGGUACAUAGUUUUCAUGUUAUUAACAAAUUAUGCAAAUUUUAUACAUUUAAAUGCAUUCUGUGUGUAUUUUAUUGAAAUUGUAAAAAAAAACAAUAAUUUUUUCCCAUUUUUUGGAAUAAUGAAAAAUUUGAUUUUAUAAAAUAUAUGUGUCAGUGAUAUAUGAAUAUUUAUUGUUUAUACUAAUUGUAGUGGGAUCUUUUUGGCAGUAUUUUAAAUUAGAAGCCCUUUACUUCUGUGUAGAAGGGGUCUACCAAGGUCUCUCCAUCAGCUGGAACAUGGCAAUAUGACAUUUGCAGUGUCGAACCUAACAGAACAAAUACUAUUUGUAGUGAGCUAAUGAAAAUUGCCCCAAAGUGACUGAAAAUGCAUUAAAAUGUUAAGAAAUAAAUGUAAUGAAGUUAUGCUUAAUAGUUUAUAUGUAUGUAAUAAUGCAUAAUUUAAGUGCUAGCAUAAUUGUUAAAGGUCUCAGCAGCUAGUUUAGAGCCAGAACAACCUAAAUCUCUAUUCUGUUGACUGUUUAAUUAAAGUAUGAAAUCCUCUCUAUCUUAUAAUGGAUAAUUAUAGACUCAGAGGAAAUAACUGUCACAUAAAUAUAGCAAGGUUAAGCUUACUUUUAAUGUAACAAGGUAAUAUAAUUAUAGCAGGAGACUAGUAAUCCAUGUUUUUGUUAUAUCAGCUAUGCACCUAUAUUGUAUAAAUUUGUUGAUAAUUUUGUUUAUGUAUUGUUAGCUGUACUUUUUUUUCAAAGAAAAGAAAUAAAGGUAUUGUUACAGUCAUGUUGGCGUUGCCGUCCGCAAACUUUAACGUUGAUCAUAACUUAAAGUUCUAGGUGUAUUGUCUUCAUACUUGGCCAAAACAACCCUUGGGACAACCCCUUUAAGUAGCAUUCAUAAAUGACCUUGACCCUAAAAUCCUAAUUAUUGAAAUUUUCUUUUUUUUGCUUAAACUGCCUGUAACUUUGUUAUUAAUUAAUGGAUUGACUUUAUAUUAAGACACAACAUUCUUUAGGAUAAGACCUUAAUGUAUAUCGAAGACAAAUUGACCUUGGCUCAUUUAUUGCAUUGACCUUGAAGGUCAAAUUAUUCAAUUUUCACUGAUUUUUGCGUUAAUUGGCUUUUACUUGGUAAUUAAUGAAUGGAAUAUCUUCAUACUUGGUCAAGACAACCUUUGGACAAGACAUUUUGAAAGGUUGAACUGACCUUGAGGUUGAGCUUUAAAUGACCAUCAAUGUCAAAUUAUUGAAUUUUGGUUAAGUUAUCAUAAUUUUGUUACUUAUGUACGGAUUUGACCUUUUAAAAUAAAAAAGGAAAAACUUAAAAAAAAUUCCUUUAAUUUUCUUUUAAACCAUUUGUUUGCUUUAAGAAAAAGUAAAAAAAAAGUUGAGCAUUGCCCCGCUCAGCGAUGGCUCUUGUGUUUACUUUAGUGCCAAAUGACUCAGGUUGAUAUUCACAAUAUGUUUUAGUUAUGUCUCUGAAUUUUUUUUCUUCACAUUUUUGUUGUGUAAAUACUUAGAGUUAAUUUUUUAUAUAGCUCAACAUUGAUACAAUUUAUAAUAUUUACUGGUAGUAACAAUACAUUUUUGAUAUUUUGUUGACUUGACACAUGUUAUAGUUAAGUGCAGGAUAGUCUAGGAUAAUCCAGAAUAGAUAGAGUAGAAUAUGACAUAUAUCCUCUCAUACUUUUUAGGAAACAUAGAUUUUUAUAAUACCAAGCCUACAAUAUAGCUAGAAAAUUCAUAUAAAUUUCAAUUCUGUUUGCUAAGAAAAUACUAAAACUUAUCUUUAGGGCUAUAAAAAUAUCACACAGUCUGUAGACUGAAAGGUUUGUCAUUCAUCAAAUAACUUACUGGUAAAAUCUUUAUAAUGAAAUCAUUCAAUGUUGUAUUAUUUUGUGUAGAUAAGAUUAAAGUACAAAUAUCAAUUUUUCUACAUAUUUUAAUUGGGGAAGUAAUUAAUUUUUAAGAUUUUUUUUUUUUAAAUACAUAGUGUUCUUUUUUUACAGAAAGUAUUUUCUAGGGUAGGUACCUAACCCAUACAAAAGGGUAGAAUUUAAUUUAAUUUCUUCAUCAAUUUUAAAUGUUUCUCGUGAUAUUUUAAUAUAAAAUGAUUGAAUCAUGGUUGUAAAACUAAUAAAAUGGAAAGAAAAUUAAAACCAACAAGAAUUAAAAAAGUAUUUGAAAUUGGUACCCACAUUAAACUUACAGAAAACUUGGAUUUGAACUUUAAGAAAUGUAAAUAGUUUAGCACUGUCUUGUAUUUCUUAUGUCUGAAGCAUGCUAUGUAGUAGUUUUCUUAAGAAGAUUUUUUUAUUCUAUACCAAAAAAAAGUUAAUACACCAUGUGUAUUACUACAGAUUCACUUUGUUUCUAUGCAAAUAUUUGAUAAAGCAGCUAGUGUCAUUGUAGAUGUAUACAAUAGAGAGUAGUUGUACUUGAUAAGUCACAAUAUACAUUCUGUAUUCCUUUCAUUAAAGUAGUUGUAGUCAUAUUUUUAUCUCAUAUUUCAGAUGUAACAAUCAAAUAUAUUUAAAAUCUUGCUUCUUACUUUAACAUGUACAUCUUAUUUUUGCUCGAAAUGUUUAAUCUAUUUAUUUUGUAAUUGACACAAAAAUACAGUAAAGUAUUACUCACAAAAAAUUAUGUCUCUAUUAUAAUCAUAGUUAAUGUUUUAAAAAUACAAGCAAGUCUGAUCUAUUCAAAUAGUAGUGUGGGCUUCUUUUGAAGAGCUUUCUUAUAGUGGUCAUAAUUUAGAGGGUGCUCCCUUACAACAGGUCUGAUUAUAUUUUAAAUGCAUAUCUGUGAUGAUAUAUGAAGGUGAGCUAAUGUAACAGUGUUGUAGUUUUGAUAGUACAUGUUCAGUACUUACAGCUGAAUACAUAACUCACAUUGUUGUAUGUAUGAGUUUAAUACCUGAAAGUAUGCUUUGAAUCUAUGAACACUAUAUCAUUGCAAAAUGAAAUUAUCAAUAAUUCAACUUUUAAAUUAUCAUAAAAAUUACUUGAGGAAUCUUGUCCUGGACUGGUAGCCACUUACUUUCAUAUACACCCGGCAUGUUAUUGUAAGGUGUAGUUAUAUUUUCGUCCAUGAUAUAUUUAUUCUAUUAAGUUUACAUGCAUGCCAGUUACAGUUUAUGUUGUAAACAUGUAUAGAUGUUAUUACUGUAUCAUACUGAUCAGUUCUAGUAAAUUGUACAAUAUAUUAGAAAAUAAACAUUUUUAUGAAA